CUCACGGGAAUUGACGCUUUUAUAUAUUUUUUUCCCUUUCAUGGCUACAACACAGAGUCUACAAGAACAAGUUAUUUGUAAGCAGCAGACUAAUCAGAAAUAGACCAUGUUCUGUUGCAGCGCGUCUUAUUUUGGUGGCUGAGAUAAUUCCCUUUCAAGACAAAAAAAAAAAAAAAAAAUCUGAGACUGUUCUCUGUUCUCAUGCCCCGUCUGUCCCGCAUUUGUAAUCCUGCGCCUUGCAGAACGAAUCCGCUGGACUGGUGCCUUCCUAUUGAGACGCAAGAAGCAUAGACACCAGCCUGCAACCAGAGCGCAACAACACCAGCUUCUAUUAUCAAAACAAACAAGACAGAAAAAAAUAUAUAUAAAAUAAACAAACAAACAAAAAAAACCCCAGAAACUCUUCACAUUCCCUGUUUAACACGGGGUUACACAUCGUGGAGGAUUUUUGCCGAGAAGUUGCAUGUGCAGGACUACUCGACCGGGACAGAAGGAAUGGGAUACCCAGGCAGAGCGGUGAGAGGAUGGAGAGGACGGACCCUCCUGGUUUGGGUCGCCGCUGUCAGCUUGGUUUUAGCUUCCGGACGCAGAGUGAGGCAGCCCAGAUGCCCCGUUGGAUGUACCUGCACCAAAGAUAAUGCUCUGUGUGAGAAUGUCCGAUCCGUGCCUCACACCUUCCCUUCCGACGUCGUCUCACUAUCUUUUGUCAAGUCUGGAUUUAAUGAAAUCACAGGAGGAAGCUUUGUUCACACGCCUGCCCUACAACUGCUAUUGUUCACAGCAAAUUCAUUUGAUCUUAUCGAUGAGGAUGCGUUCCUGGGUCUACCACACCUUGAAUAUCUAUUUAUCGAAAAUAACAAAAUUGCAUCGAUAUCUCCAUAUGCUUUCCGGGGCCUGAAAGCACUGAUACACUUGAGUUUGGCGUACAACAACCUUGAGACGCUGCCCAAAGACGUCUUCAAGGGCAUGGACGCUUUGACCAAAGUGGAUCUACGUGGCAACAACCUGAUAUGCGACUGUAAGCUCAAGUGGCUGGUGGAGUGGAUGCACCACACGAAUGCCACCCUGGACCAGAUCUACUGCAGUGGUCCACCCAUUCACCAGGGGAAGAAGCUCAACGACCUGCUGCCACACUCUUUUGACUGUAUCACAGCAGAGUUUGCCUCCUAUCAGUCGCUGAAGUUUGAGUCCAUUUCGGUGGAGGCCUUCACCUUCGGCCACGAUCGGUAUGUUGUGUUUGCCCAACCAUUUGCUGGGACAUGCAGCUUCUUGGAAUGGGAUCACGUCGAAAUGACCUUCAGGACUUAUGACACCAUUGAAAGUGCAUCAACUGUUGUCUGCAAGCCCAUGGUGAUUGAUAACCACCUCUUUGUCAUUGUGGCCCAGCUGUUUGGGGGCUCGCACAUUUACAAACGUGACAGCUCCGCUAACAAGUUCAUCAAGAUCCAGGACAUUGACAUCCUGAAGAUUCGCAAACCUAACGACAUCGAAACGUUCAUGAUCGAUGGAGAGUCUUUCUUUGUCAUCGCUGACAGCUCUAAGGCCGGCUCCACAACUGUGUACAAAUGGAAUGGCAACGGCUUCUACUCCCACCAGUCACUCCACCCGUGGUACCGGGACACAGAUGUAGAAUAUUUAGAGAUUUCCAACAAACCCCACCUGAUCUUGUCCAGCAGCUCCCAGAGGCCUGUUGUCUACCAAUGGAACAGGGGCCAGAAACAGUUUGACCGCAGGACUGACAUACCAGAGAUGGAGGACGUCUUCUCGGUCAAACACUUUCGAGUCAAAGGUGAGCUGUUUAUAUGCUUGACAAGAUUCAUCGGGGACUCCAAGGUGAUGCGCUGGGACGGUGCCAUGUUCAGAGAGGUCCAGACAUUUCCUUCCCGUGGCUCUAUGGUGUUCCAGCCCGUUUCCAUCGGCAACUGGCAGUAUGCCAUCUUAGGCAGUGAUUAUUCACUGACGCAGGUCUACCAAUGGGACACCAAGAGGGGCCAGUUUGUCCCAUCUCAGGAGCUGAAUAUCCAGGCACCUCGUGCAUUUUCUCUGCUUUCCAUUGACGACCGAGUGUUCCUACUUGCAUCCAGCUUCAAGGGGAAAACUCAGAUAUAUGAGCACCUCAUGAUAGAUCUGAGUAAUUAAACGUGUCGUCAUUUUGGGAGAAAUUAUGUACACCAUGUGCUCUCUUCUGUGAUUUUGUUGAACUUGUCAGUGCCACUAGAAUCCACCAGCAAAUCCCACCUAAGUUUAAACAAGAGGAUGUUUCAAGCAGGAGCUCAAAAUAUCUAAAAGACAUUUCACUUAUAAUUAAGGGCCUUUAGGUUAGGUGGAGAUGGUUGAAAUUGAGAAACACUGGUUAUAAGGAUGAGGUUUAUUUUGAGAUAAUGUGAGACUGACACUAUAUUUCAUUUUGUUAGACCCCCUUGUGUUUUCAUCUUGAUUCCUUACUAUUUGGGAAAGCCUUAUUCUCCAUUUGGGAAACAUAAACCCACUCAGAGUGCGAACUGACUAUCGUUCAGGAAAAACAAGCUUUGAAAUCACUGUGUUUUGUCUGCAACCUUGCAAGUGUACAGUACGUUUCUUCAGUUCCACUCCAUACAUUGUUUUUAAUUUUAUUGUAGAAAUUUGGUAGGACAGCUGUAGAACUUUGGUAGUGGUAAUGGCCAUACAAUAUUAGGUAAAUAUUUUGAGGGAAAUGAGCAAAAUGUGUUGAGAUUGAACACUACAGUUUUUUUUUUUAAAGAACAAAACAAAACAAAACAACCAAACAAACAAAAAAACUACAGUUGUCUUUAAUUUAAAGACUUCAGGAAAAUUGACUGAAAAUGUACAAUGUUAUUACAAGACAUUAUUCAGCAUGGAAUAUAAGCUGCUGUGAGGUAUGUGGACAUUGCUUUCGGAUUGUCUACGUAGGUUCAUCUCAUCUACUAUUUUUGAUAUGAAAUAGAAAACAUUCCACCAUUCAUGCAAAACUGACUCCUUCAAUUUUUCUGACCAAAACGAAACCUCAGAGCUUGAAAAUAACACUAUCUUCCAACCACAUGUGGGUAAAAAUUAAAGAAGUUGCUGAGGGUUCUUGUAAACUUUAGCAGUUAGGCAACCCGUGUUCCACAAAUACACUAACGACUGUGAGGAAACUGAAGGGAGAUUUAUAUUCUAUGGCCAUCGGUUAAGCAAGACUGUAUGCAUGAUACAGACACUCAUGUUGAUAACUGAUGAAUGACUCGCUAGAAGCGUCCCACUGUGUCACCCAGCUCUCCCUCUUUCACUGCACUCUUGCCCCUUUUCUCCCUCACUGACAAAGCCAUUGUUGUCUUUACUCGGCAAACUAAAAAGCCAACCGCUGUGCAGCACCUAGUACCUGUGCUUUCACACGGUCCUCUUAUUCUGACACAAAGGAAACAGAGUUCUGAUAACAGUUCACUACUUCACUGACAACAAUUUGCCAAAUAUAAUGUUUACGUUUUUACAGUACUGUGUAAUUUAUAUGAUAUUGCUUUUGUAUGUGGAGGGGACCACACUGUGUUUCAUUUUUCAUAGAUAUAGAAUUUAGCAUAGCGUAUAUACAUAUAUAUAUGUAAAAAAAAGGGUUGUGUAACAAGUCAUUUCUCCAAAACAGCAUAGAAUUACUUGUGUCAGUGUAGUUAAAAAUAGAGGAUAUUAGCUGCUUCUUUGUCAUGUUGAUGCUCAUUGUAUCUUAUGUACAGUAGUAAUAAAAUACUAAAAAGCUAACUCAGAGAUAUAGUUGUUUUAUUGUUGCUGCCGAUUAGGUUUUAUUUCUCACACACAGUAAAUCUGGAUUUG